AUGGCUGAAAUGGAUCCCGAGCUGCAAGCCAGGCUCGACGAGCUUCAGCGAGACCUCGAGGAAGGAGACAUCACAGAAAAGGGGUACCAGAAACGACGAGCACAGCUCCUGUCGCAAUACAACUUCGCCCCGCAUCAGCAACAGCCCGAACAACCGCAACCACCCCGAGGUGGCCUGCGACUUCACGACCCCGAUGCCUCGGCGUAUCAGCCAUCCGAUGGUCACAGAGCGGCGGCCCGGGCUUCCAUGGGCGCUAGUCAGCUGGAUUCCGAGCAGGGCUCUCCAGUAUACCGACCCGAGUCCUCCUACGGCGGCGCAAGUCCUGCAUUUCAUACAUCGCCAUCAGCGACUCCAGCCCUCCUGCGCCCAGGAGCCGGCCCGAUCAACGACCGACCCGGAAUCUCGCAGCGAGACUCUCUAUUCCUGACGGCUGGCGCGGGCGCCACCGAUGCGCACUCAAGAAGUGGUACCAUGGUCUCAGGCGACUAUGCUUUCAACCCGGAACAACAUGGCGCAUACCAUGAUUACCCGCCACAAGACUAUCAAGCAGCACAACAAUACGAUGGGCGAACCGGCACAUUGCUCGACUCGCAGGGAUUCUUUUCCGACUUUGCAGGUCAGCAGCACUAUGAUCAGAAUCAGUCGACCGACCACGGCGAGUAUGGCGGCCAGCAGCGGUACUCCUUGAACGACCCAUUCUCGCCUACGGCCGCCAUGGCGCCUCCAAUGCUUACAGCCAACGAUCUGCCCGGGCCAGAGGCCCUUGAAUACCAGCUCCCUCUCGAACCUCGCGAGGUACCGUUUGCGAUUCACGACCCUCAUGAUCCCAAUACGCCCAUGUCAAAGUUUGACAACAUGGCGGCCAUCCUCCGCCACAGGGCCAGAACAACCCCCAAGGUUCCGGCAUAUUGGGUCUUGGACAGCAAAGGAAAAGAGACUGCAUCCAUCACUUGGGAUAAGCUCGCGUCGCGCGCGGAAAAGGUCGCGCAAGUCAUCAGAGACAAGAGCUCGCUAUACCGAGGUGAUCGCGUCGCUCUCGUGUACCGGGACAGCGAGAUUAUUGAUUUUGCCAUUGCACUCAUGGGCUGUUUUAUUGCUGGCGUCGUAGCGGUGCCCAUAAACGAUCUGCAAGACUACCAGCGACUCAACUACAUUCUGACAUCGACGCAAGCGCACCUGGCUCUCACGACGGAUAACAACCUCAAGGCCUUUCAGCGCGAUAUCACCACCCAGAAACUCACGUGGCCCAAAGGUGUCGAGUGGUGGAAAACGAACGAAUUUGGCAGUUAUCACCCCAAACGAAAGGAUGAGGUACCUCCCUUGACGGUCCCGGACCUGGCGUACAUUGAGUUUUCUAGAGCUCCUACGGGCGAUCUACGUGGCGUUGUGCUCAGUCACAGGACUAUCAUGCAUCAGAUGGCCUGCCUCAGCGCCAUGGUCUCUACGAUCCCUCGAAACGGACAGGGCGACACCUUCAACCCAUCGUUGCGAGAUAAGAACGGCAAAUUGAUAGGCGGCGGAGGUGGAAGUGAGCGUAUGCUUUCGUACCUGGAUCCCCGACAGGGCAUUGGCAUGAUCCUCGGCGUCCUCCUGAACAUUUACGGUGGCCACACUCAUGUCUGGUUCGACAACAAGGCGGUAGACUCGCCUGGUCUCUACGCAUACCUGAUCACAAAGUACCGAGCGACUGUGCUGGUUGCCGACUAUCCGGGGUUGAAGCGUGCGGUCUACAACUACCUGCAAGACCCCAUGACGACGAGGAACUUCAAAAAGGGGGUGGAGCCGAAUUUCCAAGCUAUAAAACUGUGUCUGAUUGACACAUUGACUGUGGAUAGCGAGUUCCACGAAGUGCUGGCCGACCGGUGGCUGCGUCCACUCAGGAACGCCAGAGCCAGGGAUGCCGUGGCGCCAAUGCUCUGCUUGCCCGAGCACGGUGGUAUGAUUAUCAGCAUGCGAGACUGGCUAGGUGGCGAGCAGCGCAUGGGAGUGCCAUUGAACCUCGAGCUGGGGUCCGAGGAGGACUCUGGCGUGGAGGAAGUCGACGACGAGAAGCGAGAAGACACGGCCGCGCCGUCUACCGGGUUCGGCAGUCUUCUGGUUGGCAACACAACAAAGAAGACCGAGCAACGAUCGAAUACGGAGGUCAAUGAGGUACUGCUUGAUCGCGAGGCUCUCAAGACCAACGAGGUUGUUGUCCUGGCUGUUGGGGAAGAGGCAAGGAAGAAGGCCGAGAACGAUCCCGGUGCUGUUCGCGUGGGUGCUUUCGGCUAUCCGAUUCCAGACGCGACCCUGGCAGUCGUGGACCCCGAAACUGGCCUCCUGGCCUCCGCGCAUUCUGUGGGUGAAAUCUGGGUGGACUCACCAUCCCUCUCCGGUGGUUUCUGGGCACAGCCUAAGAACACUGAGGCCAUUUUCCAUGCGAGACCCUACAAGUUUGAACCCGGGGAGCCAACGCCAACGCCCGUCGAACCAGAGUUCCUGCGAACUGGUCUUCUCGGCACCGUGAUUCAAGGCAAGAUCUUCAUCCUUGGCUUGUACGAAGACCGCAUCCGACAAAAGGUCGAGUGGACCGAGCACGGACACGAGGUUGCCGAGUACAGGCACUUCUUCGUACAGCACAUUGUAGUCAGUAUCGUGAAGAAGGUGUCCAAGAUUUUUGAUUGCUCCGCAUUCGAUGUCUUUGUCAACGAUGAGCAUCUUCCCGUGGUCGUGGUCGAGACGUCCGCGGCCUCAACGGCGCCAGCCACAUCAGGAGGGCCUCCCAGGCAGAUCGACACGGCUAUGCUAGACUCCAUUGCCGAGCGCUGCAUGGAAGUGCUCAUGCAAGAGCACCACCUUCGACUGUACUGCGUGCUCAUCACAGCGCCCAACUCGCUCCCCCGGGUCAUCAAAAACGGACGUCGGGAGAUUGGCAACAUGCUGUGCCGUCGUGAGUUCGACCUGGGCAACCUGCCCUGCGUGCACACAAAGUUCGGCGUCGAACACGCUGUGCUUAACUUGCCAGUGGGUGUUGACCCUAUCGGAGGCAUCUGGUCGCAACUGGCCUCCGAUUCUCGUGCCGCCGUUCUGCACCCAGCCGACAAGCAAUACUCGGGUAUCGACCGCCGCGAGGUUGUCAUUGAUGAUCGCACGUCCACGCCCCUCAAUAACUUCUCCUGCAUCACCGAUCUGAUCCAGUGGCGAGUGGCUCGCCAGCCCGAGGAACUAUCCUACUGCACGAUCGAUGGCCGCGGUCGCGAGGGUAAAGGGCUGAAUUGGAAAAAGUUCGACAUCAGAGUGGCCUCGGUGGCCAUGUAUCUCAAAAACAAGGUCAAGGUCCGACCAGGAGACCAUUUGGUCCUCAUGUACACCCACUCGGAAGAUUUCGUCUUUGCUGUACAUGCGUGCAUCAACCUUGGAGCGGUUAUCAUCCCCAUGGCACCGCUGGAUCAAAAUAGGUUGAACGAGGACGUCCCAGCGUACCUGCACAUCAUCUCGGAUUACAAGAUCAAGGCUGUUCUUGUCAACCAGGACGUCGACCAUCUUCUUAGAAGCAAGCCAGUCGCCAACCACAUCAAGCAGUCAGCACAAGUGCUCAAGAUCAAUAUCCCGCCCACGUACAAUACCACGAAGCCGCCAAAGCAGAGCAGCGGUCUCCGCGAUCUGGGGUUCACUAUCGAUCCAGCAUGGAUUCGUCCAGGAUACCCCGUCAUCGUCUGGACGUACUGGACACCAGACCAACGCCGCAUUGCCGUGCAGCUUGGUCAUGACACAAUCAUGGGAAUGUGCAAGGUGCAGAAGGAAACCUGUCAGAUGACGAGCUCCCGUCCCGUGCUGGGAUGUGUCCGGAGUACUACUGGACUGGGCUUCAUACACUCAUGUCUCAUGGGUAUUUACAUUGGUACGCCCACCUACCUCCUGUCGCCUGUCGAGUUUGCGCAGAACCCAAUGUCGCUCUUUGUCACAUUGUCGCGCUAUAAGAUCAAGGACACAUAUGCGACGCCACAGAUGCUGGAUCACGCCAUGGCCACGAUGCAGGCCAAGGGCUUCACCCUGCACGAGCUCAAGAACUUGAUGAUCACCGCCGACGGUCGUCCACGCGUCGAUGUGUUCCAAAAGGUCCGACUACACUUUGCCGCCGCCGGGCUGGACAGGACCGCUAUCAACACCAUCUACUCCCAUGUCCUGAACCCGAUGGUGGCGUCCCGGUCGUACAUGUGUAUCGAGCCCAUUGAGCUUUGGCUGGAUAUGAAGGCGCUCCGCCGGGGACUGAUUAUGCCCGUGGACCCUGAAUCGGACCCGAAUGCCCUUCUCAUCCAGGACUCGGGCAUGGUCCCGGUUUCCACGCAGAUUGCGAUUGUGAACCCGGAGAGCAGGGAGCAUUGUCACGAGGGUGAGUAUGGAGAGAUCUGGGUGGACUCUGAAGCUUGCGUCAAGUCGUUCUAUGGGUCGAAGGACGCGUUUGACGCAGAGCGAUUCGACGGUCGGACGGUGGAUGGCAAUCCCAACGCGCAGUAUAUCCGCACAGGUGACCUUGGUUUCCUGCAUAACAUCAGUCGGCCAAUUGGUCCUGGCGGUGCGCUCGUCGACAUGCAGGUUCUCUUUGUCAUUGGUAGCAUUGGCGAAACCUUUGAGAUCAACGGUCUCAGCCACUUCCCGUUGGACAUUGAAUAUUCUGUAGAGCGUUGCCACCGCCAGAUCGUCCCGGGUGGAUGUGCCGUAUUCCAGGCCGGCGGACUCGUCGUUGUCUUGGUGGAAGUGUCGCGACGGUCGUAUCUGGCUUCGCUGGUGCCCGUCAUCGUCAACGCCAUUCUCAGCGAACACCAGAUAAUCGUGGACAUUGUUGCCUUUGUCAGCAAGGGUGAGUUCUACCGAUCGCGUCUCGGCGAGAAGCAGCGUGGCAAGCUUCUGGGCAACUGGGUGUCGCGCAAGAUGCGGACGUUGGCUCAGUUUGCCAUCCGUGACGUGGACCCCUCUGCCAUGGGCGAGGAUGCAGCGGGUGCAACGCAGCGACACUCGACCAUGAGUGCCCGCAGCUCUGGAGGCGCUGCCGGUGCGUCAAGCCUACGUCAAGUGGAGCAAGCUCCGCGGAUCAUGGAGCAAGAGGAGUUUGAGCAGCAGAUGGACAGGAUUGCCGACAUGCCCCAGGCGCCACACCCCAUGGGCAUGCUGCCAGACGACGCCGACAAGACACCAACGAGCCUGCAGCCGUCUCGGGAUUUCGAGGGCUUCUUUGCUGACGGCGGCUCGCAAGGGCCGCAACAACGGCCACACGGCGGUCGUGAAGACAACCACACAGAAUCCCGGCGCUACGAUGAGCAUGGCCCGCCACCAACGGUCGGACCGAAGCCGCAAUCGAGAUCUGGGGAUGGCCACGUACCACCACAGAUCCGAUUGCCUGGUGUAGACGGGCGCGAAGGCAUGGAUUUCUGGGGAGGGGACGACACCGCUUCCCGACACUCGUGGGAGCAGGACGCGAUCAUGCACAUGAACCUAAUGGGUGACAGCAAUAACUCACGGCAUGAUUGA